AUGUCUCUUGUGGCCGUGACUCAAUUCUGUGGCACGAAUGUCAUCACCAAAAAUUUGCAAAUUUGCACUGAACUGAUUGGUAAUGCUGUUCGGAGGGGUGCAAGGGUAAUAUUCUUUCCCGAAGCGUCAGAUUUUAUUGCCAUGAACAACGAAGAAACCUUGAGAUUAACGUCGACAGUUGAGAGUAACAAUUUUGUGGAAGAAAUAAGGAAAGAGGCAAAGAAGAAUGGAGUUUGGGUUUCCAUCGGCGUUCACGAGACCCUGCAUCUAUUUGAUGUGAACAUCAACAAUAAUCCGGUGCUUCUCGAAAGCUCGACCACCUUGCGCGGAGACAAGAUUGUCGAGCCGGUGGAGAGCCCGAUAGGAAGAAUAGGGAUGAUGAUAUGUUAUGACCUAAGAUUCCCAGAGUUGUCUCUAGCGUUGAGGAAGUUAAACGCAGAUGUGUUGACCUAUCCUUCUGCCUUCACCGUCAAGACCGGAAUAGCGCAUUGGGAGGUGCUAUUACGUGCAAGAGCGAUUGAGACCCAAUCUUAUGUCAUUGCAAGCGCUCACAUCGGUCAGCAUAAUGACAAGCGCGCAAGUUUCGGCAGUGCGAUGAUCGUUGAUCCAUGGGGAACCAUUUUGACGAGGUGUCCAGAAACGACAAAACCCACAUUUGCGUUGGCCGAGAUCAAUCCUGAUGGAUUGAAACAACUUAGGAUCAACAUGCCCGUGAUUGAACACCGUAGAAAUGACAUAUUUGUGUAG